AUGCUGAUUUUUCUUCUGAUUUCCUCAGUUUUUUCAACAUUAAUCUAUAAACGUGAAAUUUCUUUCGAUUUUUUGGCCACCAGAACUCGAUCAAUCAAAACAUUCUAUGAAUUCACCGACUUUUUCGGACCAAGUAUUCAAUUCAACUAUAAUAAAUAUUGCGAAAUCCCAAAUGCCCGAUGCUUUUUCCCAAUUUUCAUGCUAAAUGAUAUUUUGGUGUACCCUUUGCUCAUUGAUGCUCCAAAUUAUAAUUGCUCCACUUUUCCAUCAUGUAUUGGAUUCAACCAGUCACAAUAUCAAAAUUACACAAUUAUUUUCGGUUUAUCGGAUGAUAAUUUGAAAAUUCCAAAAUGUUCUUCAUCACAAUUCUCCUUCACCCGACCAAAUGGGCUUAAUUGGUGUUUCAAUAUCUCUGAAUAUGGAAAUUUUUUGAAUCAUGCUGAUUCUGAAAGUUACUGCACAACUCGAAAUGCAUAUUUAAACGGAUUUCAAACUUUUGACGAACAAGAAUAUUUCAAAAAUGUUUUCAAAAUCAAAUCUUCAAGACCGUGGUUCGUACACCUUGGAGCGAAGAGGGGAAGUGAUAAUGAGGUAAGUGAGCUCCUUUUAGAAGUGCAACAUCCGAAGUCAACAAAAAUCGAUAUUUUCAGAUGAUAUGGACGAAUAGCAUUGUGUCUACCAAUCAAACUCUCGCCAAUAACAUAAACAGUAACGAUUUCGAUGAAAGUGGUGAAAAUUUGAUUUUGGAGAUUGUCAAUGGGAACAAAACAUAUAAUGGAAUCGGGUGAGUUUUUACGCCAUCAUUUAGCAUCGCUCCAAAAAAAAUUAUAUUUUUCAGUUCUGACGUCAUCGGUUAUUACAGUUGUGGAUGGUAUGCGAAGUGA